AUGGAAAUUUCGCAGAUGCUGGAGUUAACAGUAACCUCUGAGAUCUAUGAAGAGUAUGAUUACAAAACCAAUAUAAAGCCGAGUAAAAUAGGAAUUAUUAGAAUUGAGCACAGUUCAAAAACUGAAAUAGCAUUAGUUGGUCUCCAAGUAUGGAGAGGUGCUUUUCUACUUGGUGAUUUGCUUAUACAUCUUGGACUUAAAGGAGAAUUAGAAGGUAAAACUAUCCUGGAACUUGGUGCUGGCACUGGAAUUACGAGUUUUGUUGGUGCUAUCUAUGCAAAAAAAGUGAUAUGCACAGACAUUGAUUUGGGAGGUAUACUGGAUUUAAUAAAAUUAAAUGCCAAGUACAAUGGUAAAUUAAUGAAGUCACAAUUCAAAGUUAUGCCCUUGGAUUUUACCGAUACAAGAUGGAGUCAACAACUUUUACAAGAAAUCCGUAAUGUUGAUAUUGUUGUCGCAGCUGAUGUCAUCUACGACGAUGACGUCACUGCGGCGUUUAUUUCCACCGUGCAAAAGAUCAUGAAUACGAAUCCUCCGAAGGUUUUGUACAUCGUCAUGGAGAAGCGGUACGUGUUCACUAUCGAGCACCUAGAUGCGGUGGCGCCCUGCUACGAAACAUUCCUCGCGCUGCUCGAGAGGGCGAAGACAGAUGAUGCCCAUUCCAAUUGGACUGUCGAACAGCUCCCGCUGGAUUUCCCGAAAUAUUUCACAUACGAACGCGUGAAAGAACUAGUCUUGUGGAGGGUAUCGUCGAGCGUAGUC